CACGCACUACACUACAACACAAUACAACACAACACACCGGCGCCUCCACCACCACAAAACACCCACAAAACACAACAACACACACUGCUAUUGAUUGGCCGAUCGAUUGCACAACGGGGCAUCGAGAUGAUACCGGGAGCCGACCACUGCAGCCGUUCCUUGGUCUUUCGUCGCAUCCGAAGCAGGUCGGAGAUUUCGAACGCGAGCCAUCGUCCCCCGGGGGAAGGCUCCGAUCCCGGGGACGAGAUUCGGCGGCCUUUGCUGCAUCGGCCGACCUUGUCCGUUUCGGGCGACACCGGCGACCGGCACGACGGGACGCCAGACGCGCAGGCACACGCACAGGCGCCGGCGUGCUUUUGCUUUCCGAGCCUUGCCCCGUCCCUGGAAUACGAAGAAGGAAGCGAGUCGUCGUCUUCGCUGUCGUCGUUGUCGCCGGACGAGGACGAGCAAAGCGGGGGGGUUGGCGAAGAUGCGACAAAACCGACGGACUGGAAGCUGUGCGUCGUCUUUUGUUUCCUGGUGGCCUCCGGAGUAGGAAACGUUAUUUUUGCCAAGCUGCAGUCGCUGCCCAUGUACGUACCUCUCGACGACCGCUGCGGACGAUUCGUUUCUGUGUUGGAGGAGGAAGCAAGCGAUUCGUUCCUGCCGAUCGCGCUGCUUCUUCUCCUGCUUCUCCUUUAGCCUUGUUCGGUUUCUGAUGUGUUGGUCCAUCACCCUUGUCUUUUCGUGUUCAAUCGCUUACCAAAAACAAUCGGACACCAUCGGAACCGGUAGGUACAACUAUCCCACAUUCCUCAACAUAUAUGCAAACGGAAUGUACGUCGUGAUAUCCUUUGCCUACAUUCUGCCCGUAUGCACUCUGGGCUUGUUUGGCAAUUCGAUCCCGCGCGUGAUCCCGCGCCGGACGCUCAAGCCGUUUUUCGUCAUGGGAGCCCUGGACGCACUGGGGGCCGCGAUGCAGGUGCUGGCCACCGUCUAUCUUCCCGGGACUCUCUUGGUGCUGAUCCCACAGGUCGCCAUCCCGCUUUCCAUGGCGGCCGGAUCCCUCGUUCUCGGCGAGAAGUACACGAUCCGCCAGUACGCCGGAGCCGCCGUGGUCUUUUGUGGUAUUUUGGUGGUCCUGCACCCCAUUCUCAGCCACGAGAGAGAGGCAGAGUUUUACUGCAAGGCAAUCGAUUCCGACACCGACUGCAUAAUUUGUCGGGAAGAAACCACCCAGCAGGAAUGCCUUUCCCACAAUGCCAAGAACAGCAACCCGGACCCUAGCUUUCUAUUCCGGUACCAAACAGAAACGAACUUCACCGACGGGGAGGAUGGUAACGUAUACUAUUGCGCUUGGGUGUCCAGGGAAGAGGAGUCUGUUCGAGACGAAGACUUUUUGGUGUUCUUUUGGUCGAUCGUCAUGUUGUUGUCCUGCGUUCCCAGCGUGAUGUCGACGGUGUACAAACAAGUCGCUCUCCAAACGGCAUCGUCUAUGGAUCCGAUACUGAUCAACGGAUGGGUCUCCCUCUGCCAACUCGUCUGCGGUCUCUUCCUGGUGGUGCCGUCGGGGAUGGUCUCGAGUCCGAGGGUUCACCCCUUCGAGCUUGGAUCCAAUUGGAUUGCCGGAAUGGGCUGUCUCUUUUCACAGACCAACUCUAUCGAGGUAGGGUGCCACCCCGACGACUGCUCUGCCGCGGCACUCUGGGUCCACGUAUCCCUGAUCAAUGGCGUGGUGUAUGCACUGUCCAUGCUCUUUGUGCUAAAGUACGGAUCCUGCGACCUCAUGUACCUGGGCCUGACCCUGGUGGUUCCGCUGGGCCACCUGGCUUUUGACUACCACUCGUCCUUUUCGGACCUGAGGGCAUACGAUACGGCGGGCUUGGCGGUUGUCGUAGCGGGUCUGGCACUGUACAGGUUUGGGCACGGCGAUUGGAAGGGCCCGCGCACGGCCGGCGAGGACGACAACGGGCAUCCGUACGCACUCCUAUCGAAUCACGGGGACGAGGGGGUCGGUUCGGGAGACGCGGCCGCUUCCUCCCGCCAGAGAUCGGGCCCCGCGGCUGCAGCGGACGCUGCCGCCGGCAAUGGCGGCGCCCACGACAAAUCGGGCUUUUUGGAAUUUUUGCGAGAACCCUUCAUGCUGGUGGGUGACAUAUAACAGCAACGGCUUCGCAUGCAUCGAAUGGAUACGAUCGUGCACGACGUUCGGUCCAACUAAAAUUUAAAAUUUCUG